GGGGGCGGCGCCGCGAUAAGGCGGCGGCGGCGGCGUUGGCUCGGGGACCACAGGCAGGCGGCGGCAGCUCGCACCCGCGCCCACUUCGCACUCGAGGCGCCCCCGGGAGACCGACCCCCGCCCCGCGGCCCAGGCCGGGACCCGAACCCAGCGGGUGCCGCGUCUCCACCCAGGCCUCCAUCACUUCCAACCAGCCAUGUUCCAGGCUGCAGGAGCCGCCCAGGCCACCCCCUCUCCUGAAGCCAAAGGCGGUUGUGGCCCCAGCACCGUUCAGCGCUCCAAGUCCUUCAGCCUUCGCGCCCAGGUGAAGGAGACUUGCGCUGCCUGCCAGAAGACCGUGUACCCCAUGGAGCGGCUGGUGGCAGACAAGCUCAUUUUCCACAACUCUUGCUUCUGCUGCAAGCACUGCCACACCAAGCUGAGCCUGGGCAGUUACGCGGCACUGCACGGGGAAUUUUACUGCAAGCCCCACUUUCAGCAGCUGUUUAAGAGCAAAGGCAACUACGAUGAAGGCUUCGGCCGAAAGCAGCACAAGGAGCUCUGGGCCCACAAGGAGGUGGACACCAGCACCAAGACAGCCUGAGGCCCUCUGACCGUCCAUUCCCUCUGUGGAGGGCCUGCAGCAGGAUGGUGGGAAGUGUGGGAAAGAGAUCGGACCUGGGCUUGGGUGGGGAGGCAGGGUGGGAAUGGGAUGAGGCUGUCUUGCUCAGGCAGAGGGUUACAGGGGCAGGGCUCUGCUCCAGGAUUCCUUCUUUCUCAUUGGGUUGGGAUUUGGGAACCAGGAUUAGGGGGUUGCUCACCACCCUGCUCCCUGCUUCCUGCUUCUUUCAGCCUACCCAACCUCACCCCCUGGCUCCCUUGGAGGCCCCCAAGCCCAGCUUCCUUAUCUAGGUGCCUUUUCUCCAACUAGGAGUCAGCAUGUUCCCCUCAGGGUCCUAAGCUCCCUCACUGCCACCUGGGGUCCUGUGUGGCCCCCAUAUCUCCCCAUCUACCUCUGCCCUUAGCCUGGUUCUGAGCCAUGGAGACUUUGGAGGAAGGAGAGGCAGCAUGCCUUCUGCUGGGCCUCAGAAUGCCCACCAGGGCCCCGUGGGGGAGGGGAGGGGAAGUGAAGCAGCCCUGCCCUCCCUGCAAAGCAAGGCAGGGCAGGCCCCAGUGGGGCUUGGGACCAUCUCGCACCACUGGCAUCGAGCAACAGAAGCUAAAGCACCUGCCAGCUUGAGAGCCAGAGACUGGCAGCAGCCACACUCCCUUCUCUCCUGUUUCUGCCGGUUCCGUUGUGAUCAACCCUGUUUUAAACAUGUUUCAACAGAUCCUGA